AUCAAACACUUUAGUUUACUUUUGAUAGCUUUAUUGAACGGUAGUGUAUAGGACGAAAGAUAUUUGUUAUACAUAAAUAACAACAUGGAAAAGCAAAACGAUGAAACCUUCAAAAUAGUAUCUUUGACCAGCGAAGAUAUACGUUGGCCAACUUCUCUUCAAGGAGAUGGGUCUGAUGCAAUGCACACUGAUCCAGACUAUUCAUGUGUUUAUGUGACUCUGAAGUUGAAAAAUGGCACUAAAGGACAUGGUCUAACUUUCACUCUAGGACGAGGUACUGAAGUUGUGAAAUCAGCUGUUGAAGCUAUGAAGCACUUGGUUAUCGAUCGUAAUUGCUGGGAAAUUUUCCAUAAUUUUGGUGUAUUUUGGAGAGCUCUAACAAGUGAAUCCCAAUUGAGAUGGAUUGGUCCAGAAAAAGGUGUUACUCACUUGGCUGUUGCUGCAAUUAUUAAUGCCUUAUGGGACUUGUGGGCAAGACUAGAGGGUAAACCUGUCUGGCAGCUCUUAGUAGAUAUGGAACCAGAGGUCCUUGUAUCAACCAUCGAUUUUCGAUACAUCAGCGAUGUAAUAACUCCAGAAGAAGCCAUCAACUUACUUAAACAAAAUUCUGCAACCAAAACUGAACGACAAAAUGACCUUUUAAAGAAUGGUUAUCCAGCUUAUACGACUCAAGUUGGUUGGAUGGGUUAUAGCGAUGAAAAAAUCAAAGGACUUUGCAAAGACUAUUUAUUGAAAGCUUACACCUCUUUUAAGUUGAAAGUUGGAAGAGAUUUCGAAAGUGAUGUUCGAAGGUGCAAGAUUGUUCGAGAAUCGAUUGGAUGGGAAAAUCAAUUGAUGAUAGAUGCAAACCAAAUUUGGGAUGUAAAUCAAGCUAUUGAAUGGGUUAUUCGCCUUGCCGAAUACAAACCACUUUGGAUUGAAGAGCCAACUUCACCAGAUGAUAUUCUUGGACAUGCUGCUAUAUCUAAAGCUUUAGAACCUUUUAACAUUGGUGUUGCAACUGGUGAAAUGUGUGCCAAUCGCAUAAUGUUCAAGCAGUUCCUACAAUCUGGAGCUAUGCAAUUCUGUCAAAUUGAUUCAGCUAGAAUAGGUGGAAUUAACGAAAUUUUAUCAGUUUAUUUGAUGGCCAAGAAACUGAAUGUAAAAGUUUGUCCCCAUGCUGGAGGAGUUGGUCUUUGUGAAAUGGUACAACAUCUUCAAAUGUGGGAUUACGUUUCGUUGUCAGCUACAAAAUCAGGACGAAUGAUUGAGUAUGUUGAUCAGCAACAUGAUCAAUUUGAAUAUCCUGUGGAGAUUAAAAAUGCAUGUUACAUGCCACCAAGACACCCCGGUUAUAGUACAGAACUGAAGCAAAGUGCUAUAAAUGAAUAUAAAUUUCCAAAUGGAAGCUGGUGGGUAGCUAAUGCAGGAACAACCAAACCUGUAGCAUAAAAUUCUUCUUAAAUGAAAUAAAAUUUUACAAUAAACUUUGACCGA